UGUCAAUCAUCUCUGGGUACACGCCCCCGAGUUUCGCCCUUUCCCAUGGCAUUGAGCAGCAUGCAGUUUAGCGUAGCUCAUAGUUUGUGAAAGGUUACUACAGGGUUAGGUCACAGACAUAAAUUGUACAUAGUACUCACGCAAACACCCCGGGAGAGACUCCGGCGAACGAGACGGACCAGUGUUCCGCUGGAUUACCUAGUGGGCGUGCACCCCUCGCUUACCGCAGCCCAGUGUGUGUAGGCUUCUGCCGCGCUCAUUGAGCUUGCUAAUGGGAAUUUGUUACUACCUGCUUCCCAGUUGACAGCUCACAGAACCCGUAGCAUGGCUCAGGCGGUCACGGACGGCUCUAUGGAAAGGGUGAUUCUGGAUGAUUGAGCGUUGUAUCCGCCAUCCCUUGGGGAGGAAUAAUACAUUCUGUUGUUGCGGCAGUGAGUGGAUCUAUUCCCUAGUAUGUAACCUGUGGUUCGCGAUAGUGCCUCGGGCGUCGUGGACGCGCGGUGGAACGGAAUAAUCAAUAUUUGGACUGUUAUCUGAUUGACCAUCGUUAGUGCGCCGACAUGUCGAACCUGGUCAGGAGCAAGAAGGACAAGGAGAUAAUUGCAGAGUAUGAGAGCCAGGUGAAAGAGGCUGUGACUGCAGCGGUCCCCCUCCCCCGGUGUGUCUGACAAACUGUAUAUAAUGAACACUGCACUCUGCGUAUGGUGGGAGUGGGACAUGGCGUAGGUUUCAUCGUCUUGUCAACCCCACUGAUGUCCCCAAGGAGAGAGGCGUGUUAUGGUUACUGUGACAGUCGGACCUCUGCACAGUGCUAUAACUAUGGAACUGCACCGUCUCCCCACCACGAUGUCCUGUGAUGUGCGUGCCCAGCUGGUGGAGCAGCAGCGGUGUUUGGAACAGCAGACAGAGAUGAGGGUGCAGCUGCUGCAGGACCUGCAGGACUUCUUCAGGAAGAAGGCUGAGAUCGAGACGGAGUACUCCAGGAACCUGGAGAAACUAGCAGAGCGGUUCAUGGCCAAGACACGCAGCACCAAGGACCACCAGCAGUACAAAAAGGACCAGAACUUGCUGUCUCCAGUUAACUGCUGGUACCUGCUGCUGAACCAGGUGAGGAGGGAGAGUAAGGACCACGCCACACUCAGUGACCUCUACCUGAACAACGUCAUCACCCGCCUCACGCACAUCAGCGACGACUCCGCCCGCCUGCUCAAAAGAAGUAAAGAGAUCACCUUUCAGCUGCAGGAGGACUUGAUGAAGCUCCUUAAUGAACUCUACACCGUGAUGAAGACAUACCACAUGUACCAUGGGGAGACGCUGAACGCAGAGACCAAGCUGAGGGAUGCCGAACGUCAGGUCGGGGUUGGCAAAGUGGGGCCUGGCGGAGGGGUGGAGCCGCUAUUUGGCAUGCGUAUAGAGGAACGCCACCAGAGACGCAACGCCGCCCGCAAGAUGGAGAAGAUGAGGGAGAAGAGGAAGGCUAAGUACUCUGAGAACAAGCUGAAGUCUCUGAAGGCCAGGAAUGAGUACCUUCUGACGAUGGAAGCCACCAACUCCUCCGUGUUCAAAUACUACAUCCACGACCUGCCCGAUAUCAUAGACUGUUGUGACCUGGGGUACCAUUCCAGUCUGAGUCGUGCGUUGAAGACCUACCUGUCUGCAGAGCUGAGUCUGGAGGCCUCCAGGCGGACAGGGUUGGAGGUACUGGAGGGGGCCGUAGAGGGCCUGGAUCCUGCCCGAGACAGGCAGCGCCUGCUGGGCCUCUACCCCACUGCCUUCUGCCCCCCGCCACGCUUCAGCUUCCAGCCCCACAUGGGGGACACUGUGACCCAGAUAGCCGCCCAGCCACAGGUGCAGGCAGAGCUCACAUCUAGGCUGCAGCAGCUCCAGUCACGCCUCUCCACCCUGAAGAUAGAAAACGAGGAGGUGAAGAAGACGUCGGGGGCCACUCUCACCACCCUCCAGGACAUGACAGUGCUGGAUGACUAUGACGUUUCCCAGAGUUUCACCCACAGUCCCUCUUCAGAGUCUGUCAAGUCCAGCGUGUCGGACGGCUACCUAAACAAACCCAGCCUCGCCAAGCGCCGUGCCAACCAACAGGAGACUGAGCUCUUCUACUUCACGAAGUUCCGUGAGUAUCUGGAGGGCAGUAAUCUGAUCUCCAAACUACAGGCCAAGCACGACCUGCUGAAGAAAGCCAUGGCCGAGGGGCAUAUAGCAGACACGCUGACCACCAGCCGUGGACGAAAGAACUCCCAUAGCAAUCACCAGGACUCGACUAAAGCCAUUCCUCUGCUGGUGGAGAGCUGCAUUCGUUACAUCAACCUCCAUGGUCUUCAGCACCAGGGCAUAUUCCGUGUGUCGGGGUCGCAGGUGGAGGUCAACGACAUCAAGAACUCAUUUGAGAGAGGUAACGACCCCCUGAUUGACGAGGAGAAUAACCAUGACAUCAACUCGGUGGCCGGUGUGCUGAAGCUCUACUUCCGGGGGCUGGAGAACCCCCUCUUUCCCAAGGAAAGGUUCAACGACCUCAUUUCCUGUGUCCGUAUAGAGAGCCUGUAUGACAGAGCUCAGUGUAUUCGUAAGAUUCUACUGGGUGUUCCACGGGCGACUCUGGUCGUGAAUAGAUACCUGUUUGCCUUCCUCAACCACUUAUCCCAGUACAGCGAUGAGAACAUGAUGGAUGCUGGGAAUCUGGCCAUCGUCUUCGGCCCCACCCUGCUGCCCACGCCCGACGCCCUGGACCAGGUGGCAUGCCAGGCGCAUGUUAAUGAGGUCAUCAAGACUGUCAUCCUGCACCACGACAACAUCUUCCCCGACCCCCCGGAGCUGCCUGGGCCCAUCUAUGAGAAGUGCAUGACCGGAGACCAGUACUGCGAGAGUCCGUUCAGCGAGCCGGGUGGGGAGGCGGAGCCUGAUGGCGGCACAGAGACUCAGACCAGUGAGGAGGAGGGGGAAGCAGUAGAGGCAGUGGCCAGGUUUGACUAUACGGGCCGGUCGGGGCGGGAGCUCUCCUUUAAGAAGGGAGUGACCCUGCAGCUGUUCCAGCGUGCAUCACAUGACUGGUGGGAGGGGCGACUCAACGGCACCCAUGGCCUGGUGCCUCACCAGUACAUAACACUGAAGGACAGCCACCGCAGGAAGCGGACUGACAUUUUCCGUCGCCCCCUCGGUCGCUCUAAAGACCAUGGUAACGGGAGUGUGUUGGAGAGGAACUCGCCACCCGUCACUGGUCACUUCAGCCCGCGGGAGCUCCUUUUGGGGCGGGGCACUGGCUUAACCCCGCCUCUCGACAGCCCUGAGCGUCGUCGCCGUUCCACUGCCGCGGUAACGGUUACCGUGAGCCGCCACGAUUCACUGCGUCGGCCUGAAGACACGCCCAUCCGGCGCUCCAGCAGCGGGCAGCACGGCUUCAGCUCCAGGACCCUGGACCCAGACACACUGGCACAGGACAUAGAGGUGAGUGUGGCUCUGGGGCAGCUGAGGCAGUUGGAGCGGGGGGGCUGCAGACCGGCUCCUGACGUGGUCCUGGACACUCUGGAGCAGGUUAAGAACAGCCCAAUCACAGCCUGCUCCUCCGAGUCGCCCAGCCCCCACAGCACCCCCUCCACCCCAGGGACUCCUGGUACCCCUAGUCCCCUCAGCCCUCUGAGCCCCCUCAUUCCCCUCCCUGGCCCCCCUCCCGCACCCAUCCGAUCCACCAACCCCUCCCCCGACACCCUGGGCUCCUUCAAGCCCGUAGUGGGGGCUCCUCUCCGUAUGGGAGCUCCGCUUCGCCCCCCAGCCUUGAGGCCGAAACCCCUGGUGCCCCCAAAGAGCAACACCCCCCCUCUGCCCCCGCUGCUGGACAAGUCCUGCACCAUGUGACGAGCCAAACCGGGCCAAAAUAAAGUGGGAGUGUGGGAGAACAGGGUACCUGCUUACUGUUUAGAAACCUGAACAAGGGUAGAAAGUGGUAGGACAGAUCUGAAACUAAAACGGUUUUUAUGUAGUAAUACAAAGUAAUAUAUGAUCUAUGAUAUGCCAUGAUAUUUAUGUGUGUCGUCAGGUUGGUGUGUACUCUCUUCUUGGUGUGUAGGAGUUAACGUUCUCCAUGUAUCAAAGCAUUUAUCAAAGGGUAGCUGUGUAAAAUGGGAAAGCUAAAGAAAGCAGAAACCCUAUCCUGUAAAAGAGAUGUAGUCACAGAUGUGUGGGAAGUGUAGUUCUCCUCCAGUGAAAUGUAGUUUCAGUGAUGUGAACGUUGACUAUGUAAUGACAAAAGGCUCCUCAGCUAAUGAAGGUCUAUCACCAAAAGGCUGCUGUGUUCUUAGUGUAUUUCGAUUGGCUGCUGCAUCUACGAGCGAUUUUCAUUGGCGACGCGAAAGGACAAUGCGGAGUGAAGAUGUGCCUGAUGGGUAAAGGGAGGCUCACACAGUGGAAACAUAAGGGCGGAUGUCUGUGAUCUUUUUUUAAAUUAUUUUCUAUUUCACUUGGUUCCGCUGCUAAGCUCACUAAUGCCUCAACCGAAGCCUCUCGAGGCAUUGGUGACAAAACUCACAUUCUAUUUAACCAAUGUUCAGCUAUUUAAUGAAUGUUCCAGUAUUUAACGACUGUUCAGCUCUCUAUUGAAUGUUCAGUGGGCAAUAAUGUCACAGGGGCCGGCAGCGGCGUUAACCCUCACUACUAGAAAACCGCCUUCUUGUGUUCAACCGAUACAUACACACAGGCCAGGUACACCCACACACAGGCCAGGUACACACACACACAGGCCAGGUACACCCACACACAGGCCAGGUACACACACACACAGGCCAGGUACACCCACACACAGGCCAGGUACACCCACACACAGGCCAGGUACACACACACAGGCCAGGUACACCCACACAGGCCAGGUACACCCACACACAGGCCAGGUACACCCACACACAGGCCAGGUACACCCACACACAGGCCAGGUACACACACACAGGCCAGGGGAAAUAGUUUGGCGGUACAGUGGUGGAGGGGGUUAGGAGUUUGUAGAGUACGUUUCCCUCGGCCUGUGUGUGUGUGUGACUUCUUUCCCAUUACCCUGUUUGUCUGUGUGUGUUUCCUCUGCCUGCCCUCGUUCUGUUCCUUUGUAAGUGCGAUGGUGGAUAAAAUGGAUUAUUCAUGUCUGCCUUUAGUAACAGAACAUGUGCAGGACAGGGGUGCGUGUUGCUGGCAGUUGGUGUGUGGGAAUAUGGUGUAUCUGGUUGUGUUAGACUGAAGUCACUAAAUAACCUUAAGUUCACAGUAAGCAAACAGGCUGUGGGGCUUUUGAGUGUAAAUGCCCAAAAUACACUUGGAACAGCAGCACACUGAAUGUGUCCUCUUUACUGGGUUGGGAACUAUUGCGUGUGUGUUUGAGCAGUACUGGGGAUGCGUGUCUUUAAGAAUGGGCGUGCAUCUGUUUGUGUGUGUCAAUGUGAAAGUGCCUUUUUUUUUUUACCCUUGUCUUUGUGGGGAGUUUAAUCCACUCGCGCAUGUCCCGAACAGAGAGCAGCAGCACUUAGAAUGAAAUAAUCAAAGUGUUUAGUAGAAGACUGAAUUAUGAAUCCUAGAGUUAAUCUAUUGUGACAUUGCACUUUGAUGUAUUGGGGAAAUUGUGUACUUGGCAUGUAGCAUUAUAACAUGUGAACAGGUGCAUUUUAAGGGACGUUGGUUUCUCUCUGAAUGUGUCUGAUAAUUAAAGGAAAUGGUUUAGUCUGUUGCUGUAUCUGAAACUCCUGAGCUUCCUAAAGACAAGCUCUUAUACCCAAGUGGAUAGUAUUGAUGUUGUAUUUAUAUUAUAAAUAAAAGGGAAGAAGUUAA